UGAAGAUCAACAAAAGAUAAACAAAUUUGCACGGAACACGAGUAGAAUCACAGAGCUAAAGGAAGAAAUAGAGCUAAAAAAGGGAAUUCUGAAUGCUUCCAGUGCUUGCUUUGUGUUCGCAGAAGCAGCUCCAGAAUUUAGAAGAUGCGUGUGAUGACAUCAUGCUCGCAGACGACGACUGCGUAAUGAUCCCGUAUCAGAUCGGUGACGUGUUCAUUAGCCAUUCUCAAGAAGAAACACAGGAAAUGCUAGAAGAAGCAAAGAAAAAUUUGCAAGAAGAAAUCGACGCCUUAGAGUCCAGAGUCGAAUCCAUUCAGCGGGUGUUAGCAGAUUUGAAAGUUCAGUUAUAUGCGAAAUUUGGCAGCAACAUAAACCUUGAAGCUGAUGAAAGUUAAACAUUUUAUAACUCAUUUUUUAAUUUGUUUAAUAAACUUGAAUAUUGUUUAAAAU